AUGGGUUGUGAUUGUCUGGUGAAAGCGAUUGGCUAUGCUGCCGUUACUCUUGUCCUCUCAAAGAUUGCUUCCCAUGUAUGGCAAAUUCUAUAUCCCUAUGUGAUUGGUGCGAAGAAGGACCUCAGAAAGUUGGCUGGAGCUAAUACGGCUGGUACGUGAAUGUUUUGCUUGUUUUGUACUGUAUGUCGUCUUUAGUCGUAACUGGGGCCACUGAUGGGAUUGGGAAGGCUUAUGCCUUCGAGUUAGCCAAGAAAGGAUUCAAUCUCGUUCUAAUCUCGAGGACUCAAUCCAAACUGGACGAAACUGCCAAGGAAAUCACCGAUAAGCAUUCCGAUGUCAAAGUUGACACUAUUUCCUUCGACUUCUCGGUUGGUGAUGUCAAGAAUUACGAAGAACGGUUGUUCAACCAGCUGGACAAAUACGAAAUUGGAGUUCUCGGUAGUCGUCACGCCUAGAGGCAUACAAUAAUCGAAUUCAUUUUUAGUAAACAAUGUUGGAAUGUCGUAUGAGUACCCAGAAAGACUCCACGACAUCGAUGGUGGCCUUGCUCGAGUUGCUGGCAUAACCAUUAUCAACACUCUUCCCUGCACCCUCCUCUCCGCUUAUGUUCUGAAGAAGAUGGCCGCCAGAAAGAAUGGAGUAGUGAUCAACAUCUCCUCGUCUGCCUCAGCCAAACCUCUUGCCUACUGGGCAAUCUACAGUGCCACAAAGAAGUACGUCAACUGGCUCUCCGAGAUCAUGAGGAAGGAAUACGCGGGUAAGGGAGUCACCAUUCAGACCAUCGCUCCAAUGAUGGUGGCCACCAAGAUGUCCAAAGUCAGAAAGUCUUCUUUCUUUAUACCACAAGUAAGCCAUUACCGAAGAAUAAGUAAUCCUUAGGCUUCCGCUUAUGCUCGUGCUGCCCUUGGAACGGUUGGAUUGGCUGAUGAAACCACUGGUUAUCUGAGCCACCAGCUUCAACACGAUCUUUACUUUAAUGUCCUCCCUGACUGGGUGUUCAACUACAUGGCUAACCAAAACUCCCUCGCAACUAGAGCUCGCGCAUUGAAGAAGAAGGCCCAGAAACAAGAGUAG